UAUCUAACGGAGAUGAAAAUUUUAUUAUUCCGAUCAAACCUCACCCUAAAAACUUCAUUGUUUUUAAUUAUGAGAUCAUAUGCGUCUAAAGAAAAAAGGGCAUGAUUGGGGUUAGGUGAAGUGCGGUCCUGAGCUUAUUCGUCCGUAAUGGAGCUUCCACUAGUGCCACUUUCCGAGAAAAGAAAAUGUUGUUUUAAAGUUCUAUAAAGUUCUCAACUACUUCAAUUUUCAAUGUCAAACCAAAGCAUACAAAUCCAACAUUAUGAAAUCUCUCCAUUUCUUCUUCCUUCUGUUCUUCUUCACCUUAAGUUGUUUUAGCCAAAUUGAGUCCUCAACCGUUAAUGAUGUGCUCAUGCACUGCAAUGGAUCUAUCAGAGUGUGCAAUGAAGCAAACGAGAUGCUAAUGGAGUCAGAAAUAAGCCGCAGGUUUCUAGAACAGAAAAGGUAUAUAUCUCCCGGCGCACUUAAAAGAGAUCAACCAGUCUGCCGCGGUGGUGCUGGGGGUGAAGCUUAUAGUAAAAGUGGCGGCUGCCUCCCAGAACCAUCCAACCCUUACAACCGAGGAUGUUCCAAGUACUAUCGUUGUAGGUCUGAUUCAUGAUCCGAAGCCGGUCACACCCAUUACAACGAAAAAUAUGAAAUUUUCUUGUUCAACUAAUAUUCAUUUACAUUCCAAGUAUACCAUGUUUUUACAGUAUUCUUUAAUCGUUAUAAUUGUUAAUUAACUCGUUAAUCAAUUAUCAUCCUUCUUAAA